AUUACCAUGAUGUGGUCUUUUUGGAAUCAUUUCUUCAAAAACAGAUAUCACACAAGCAUGCAAAGCACACCAGAAAUAUUAUCUUCCGCGAUGGAGGGGAAAUUUUGCGUGGAUUGUCCUGAGGCUUACGCCGAUCGAUCUCAGGAUAGGCCUGGUGGUGUCCUUUCCAUCCCUUCCGAACUCAUACAUCACAUACUCAAAUACCUGGGGAAUAAAGACCUGGUGAACACGGCAAUCGUAUCCCAAAGCUUCCGGUUCAUUUCCCAGCGCGUGAUCUACAGGAACGUCGAACCUGCCGAGGACAUGAUCAUACCAUGCCUCAGAUGUUUUGCAUCGUACCCGCAUCUUGCAUCUUGUGCUCGUACUCUGAUCUUGGCUGAUGCUACUCGACAUUAUGACGUUUUCUUCAAUUACUUCAACCUGCUGCGUCGUGCGUUGCUAAACGCGUCUUCACUCACCGAUCUUACAAUUCUCCUCGACGGCCCUUACGCAAAAUAUUUGCAUGGAUGUUCAUUUCGACUUCGUUCUCUCACUACAACACUCGACUGGGAUAAGGACUUCAUCAAAUUAAUUACAGAGCAGACGGAACUGCGCAAUGCCAUGUUCGGCGGAAAAUUCGUAAAUGACAUGGUUCUGCCUAGCGACACUCUCACAAAGCUUACACGGGUCUCUGCGUCUCCUCUGGUACUGGCUGCAGUAGUUCCAAAUCGAAAAAUCAAGGAAGUGGAACUCUGUUUGCUGCAUCAAGCGCUUUUCAAAGACGAUAUCCUCAAUACUGCAUCGAACAUCCUUUCCUAUUCUACCGGCCCAUUGACCGCACUGCAGGUCAUCACCCGUCUGAGCGACACAACGAGUGCACUUGCAGCAUUCAAAGCGAUCGCAAAGAACCUGCCAAAACUGAAUUCGUUUGCCUUUUACUCGAGUGAUGGAGUUGUCUCGCAGGAACUUCUCGAAGCCUUUCCUGAAUUCCUCUCCGGCUUCGAAUGCCUCAGGUCGUUGACACUGAUGUCGCGAAAUAAAGCCGAUGCACUACACGACAAAACUUUGACGGCUACCCUCGCGUCAAGGUGGCACGCAUCAUGUCCCUCUUUGCAAAGCGUCUCACUCGCGGGAUCUAUAUGGCUGCAUAACACUCGGCAUGGUUGGGUGACGUUGGCAGACCUUGAGCGUCUCCUGCGAGAACGAACGAUUUCGCUGGAAGAGGUGAAGAACAACAUAGAUGAGGUCGAUGAAGAUACAGAGCAGGGAAAUCAGAUGGAGCGGCAGAUGAUCGUGCUUCGUGAUAGUAUCCUCCAAUUCGGUGGUCCUUGAUAGGCGAGAUCUCUUAUGCUACGUAUACAUUCUGACGGGACAUGCUGAGGUUGUAGGAUAAUAAAUCAAGUCCAAGUGAGGUAUGCCUUUUAUUGUACUAAGUUGGACAAAAUGUCGAUAUCUGUAAUGUCGUCUCCUCUAAUUCACCGCGUUCACUUGCAUGCAGACUAAAGAGUACACGGGAUGCCAACACACUGUGGAGGACAAUUUGUGGUCUGUUAUGAUGCAUCAGUUUUUUUUUUCAUUGAACCAUCCUGAAUGAUUUGCCACGCACAAGUCCAGCAUCUCGUUAUAUGAUGGCUGCCCAAAAUUAGCAAAAAUCGUCAAAUGAGCGCAUACAAUGUGCAACUUACUGGCACCACAACCGUGAUCACCAUAUUGGCCAAAGAAACGA